AUGACCUCAGGCAAACCGUCAUACAUCAUCAUCGGAGCCGGCGUUUUUGGAGUGUCCACGGCCUAUCAUCUAAUCAAGAAGUACCCUGACGCAUCGGUGACUCUAGUUGACCGGGAUGCAUUUGACGCAGAUAGUCGCGUGGCUGCCUCGUGGGACUGGAAUAAGGUGGUGCGCGCCGACUACGAUGACAUAGUGUACUGCCAACUGGGAUUAGAAGCGCAAGACAUCUUCAAGUUCGAUCCGCUUUGGAAGCCGUACUUCCAUGAGACUGGGAUCUACUGGAUGUGUCGCAGCGAAUACGCGCAGGAUGUCAUCGACAACUACAAGAAACUCGGCCGGAAUGCUGAUCUUUCUGCCGUGCCCAUUGACGAAGCCCGUAAGAUGUACGGCGGCCUUUUCGACGACGCUGACUAUACUGGUGUCAAAGAGGUGCUCGUCAACAAGACCAGUGGCUGGGCCGCUGCUGGAGAUUGUUUACAGGCCAUCACUCGCAAAGCCGUGGAACUAGGUGUCAAAUAUGUGACAGCUGAAAUUGCAACAUUGCAAUUCGAUGAUCGCGGGCGUUGUUAUGGAGUCAAGACAGCAACUGGAGAGACCUUGUCAGCUUCGCAUGUUAUCCUUUGCACUGGAGCAUUCACACCGAAACUGUUGGAGUUGAGUGCUGAGAGUAGUGGUCUGACUGAUCUUCGGGCUGGACCGAGGAUCCUAGCGGGUGGCAUUACGGAAGGUCUGACGCAACUUGAUGACAAGACAUAUGAGAGAUUUGCUGCUAUGCCUGUGGGUGUUCAAGGGUAUACUGCAAAAACAGGUCCCUUCAUUGGUAGUCUUCCGCCGACUGACGGCAGAGAGCUCAAGUGGUGGGGACAGACGAUAUUCAAAAAUACUCAAGAAGUGUUGCCUGGCCGCCACAUUUCAAUGCCGCCUCCGGAACCGGACUACGCUCAGUGGAAGGUUCCUGGGAGACUUAAAGAAGACAUCCGCUAUGCGAACAAUGUAUUUUACGGGAGCAAAGGGGCAAACUGGAAGCUGGAGAAGCAUCGUAUCUGCUGGGACGCCUUCACGACCAGCUCGGACUUCAUUAUCUCGCCACACUCAGCCUCGGAGGGGCUAUACGUCGCAACCUGCGGUUCGUUCCACGGCUGGAAGUUCUUCCCAGUGCUCGGCAAGUAUGUACUACAAAUGCUGGAGGGCUCGCUGUCUCCCAAAUUGGCAGAAAAAUGGGCUUGGGAUCGGGAGCGGCCAGAUCCAUCGCUUAACGCGGAUUGGCCGAGGAUGGAGAUGAAAGACCUGUUAGACCCAGUCAGAACUUCGAAGCUCUAA